UCAUACUUAACAGGCACAUUGACUGUGUCGAGCCCUUGACUGACUGUGAAUAUGUAGAGACGCCCCCGUCUCUUUUUUCAGACGGCUGCAUAAUAUUUUAACACUUUAUGAAGGUCUGGACGCGCGUCCCAAUAUAUGUGCUUGUGGCAAAGCACGUACUUCGUUACAAACGGCCGUUUGAAUGAUUACACUGAUUCCAUGCGCGGGCUAGAUUGAUUGUCGUCUCUUACACCUGCUAGGAUUGUAUUGAGGAACUUCCUGCUCCGCUCCAGCACCAAGGCGAGACGAAACAGAGGUAGAUGCCAGCAAAUUAGCUAUUAAACUUUGUAUUUCCAAUAACUUUGAGGAAAAUGCAUAUUUUCUGAUCACAUUUCUGUUACAUAAACAGAAUGGAGAACGGAGAAGAAUUAAAAUAAAAAGAUAACAUUGGAGCUCGGACUAAAUGAAACUUAAAGCUAUGAGAACAUCUACGGGACAAUCAGGAUGAAGUAAAGGGCUCGCAGGCUCAAAGGAACCCUUGUGCUGGCAGCAUUUAUGUUGAGAUUUUUCUAAGCUCAUCCACGGAUUCUACCGAGAAUAGAAACUGGGCUUGAGAAAAAGCAGCGGGGAGGGGAUCCAUGAGGGUGCAGAUCUCACGGAGCCGAAUCCCAUGGAAGGUGUCCCUCUGAGGGGAAUGGGUGCCGCUCACCAGCCCAAGGGAAAGAAGCGCGAUCUCCACGUCCCGCGAUGAUGGCGGGGAUCCUCGGUAGAAUGAAGGCCGCCUCCAGGGGCCAGCCCUGCCGCAGCCCCUCGCAGGGCCAGCUGAGGCACCUGAAGGCCGGCUCUUACCCCCUUCUCUUCCCUUCGGUCAUCAGCGGGCUGGCUCCGCCCCUGCUCCCGAGGAUGCCGUCGCACCCGCCUUCCAGUGCGGGGAGCACCCCAUCCCCUGCCACAGCUAUUGAAACACAGAGCAGCAGUUCUGAAGAGCUGGUUCCCAGCCCCCCGUCUCCACUGCCUCCGCCUAGGAUCUACAAGCCCUGCUUUGUGUGCCAGGACAAGUCCUCGGGGUACCACUAUGGCGUUAGUGCAUGCGAAGGCUGUAAGGGUUUCUUCCGCCGGAGCAUUCAGAAGAACAUGGUGUACACGUGUCACAGGGACAAGAACUGCAUCAUCAACAAGGUCACGCGGAACCGCUGUCAGUACUGCCGGCUCCAGAAGUGCUUCGCCGUGGGAAUGUCCAAAGAGUCCGUUCGCAAUGACCGAAACAAGAAGAAGAAAGAAGUUCCCAAACCGGAGUUCACAGAGAGCUACGAGCUGACUGCUGAGCUGGAGCUUAUCAUCGAGAAGAUCCGCAGAGCACACCAGGAGACCUUCCCUUCCCUGUGCCAGCUCGGCAAGUACACCACGAACUCCAGCGCGGACCACCGCGUGCGACUGGACCUCGGCUUGUGGGACAAAUUCAGCGAGCUGGCCACCAAGUGCAUUAUCAAGAUAGUGGAGUUUGCUAAACGAGUGCCUGGCUUCACAGGGUUGACCAUCGCCGACCAAAUCACGCUCCUCAAGGCUGCCUGUUUGGACAUUCUGAUUCUGCGGAUUUGCACGAGGUACACCCCUGACCAGGACACCAUGACCUUCUCAGACGGGCUGACGCUGAACCGCACGCAGAUGCACAACGCCGGCUUCGGACCGCUCACCGACCUGGUCUUCACCUUCGCCAAUCAGCUCCUGCCGCUGGAGAUGGACGACACGGAGAGCGGCCUGCUCAGCGCCAUCUGCCUCAUUUCCGGAGAUCGGCAGGACCUGGAGGAGGCCUCUAAGGUGGACAAGCUGCAGGAGCCCCUGCUGGAGGCGCUGAAGAUCUACAUACGUAAGCGCCGGCCCAGCAAGCCGCACAUGUUCCCCAAAAUCCUCAUGAAGAUCACAGACCUGCGCAGCAUCAGCGCUAAAGGCGCGGAGCGCGUCAUCACGCUGAAGCUGGAGAUCCCGGGGUCCAUGCCGCCGCUCAUCCAGGAGAUGCUGGAGAACUCGGAGGGGCAGGACGGGCAGGAGGGGCGGGAGGGGCAGGCGAGCGAGGAGGGCAGCCCCCAGCAGCCCAGCAGCAGCAGCAGCAGCAGCAGCGCCAGCACCAGCGCCCCCAAGCCCUCGCCCUCCUCCCCAGAGCCCGCAGACAACCCCGCCCCGCCCUCCCAGGAGCCGUAGUCCCGCCCCCCCGCACAACCCAGACAUUCCUUUGCACAAUACAGGGGGGAGGGCGAGACAGCGAGCACGCUCCCUGAGGCUGCUUCCUGGCUUUUUUCUCUCUCUCUCACUCUCUCUCUAUUUCUCUCUCUCUUUUUUAAUGACACUAAGGCCUAAAAGGACCAGUGCUUUGUGUAUAACUCUUAUUGAGCUCUUAAUGUUUCCGUCUCCAGCUGGGGGGGGGGCUUGCGCCCGUAAUAAAUCAGGGUGCCCCCCCCCCCCAGUCGUACGCCUACACGAAGCUGAAGUUCUUCAGGUCUCCAUUGUGUAAAUUUCUACAUGCAUGAUGGGCUGAGCUUGGCAAGUUGUUCAAUCCCCUCUCAUCAGCAUACAUUGUACAUACCAUUGUAUGGUUAAACUUCUGUUUCUAUGAUGAAUGUCGUGGUGCUUUUCUCGUCGUCUUAAAUAUGAUCACGUUUAAGGCAAUACUUCAAGGUAAAACUGGCUUAUCAAAAGUCUUUAAAAUGGAUAUGUGGAAUGUUCUUGCAUAUAGUUAGUAAGGAAGUCUAUUUUAUAUUUGUUGCUAUAUUUAAAGUUGUUGUUUUUUUUAUUGUUGAAAUCCACGUUCCCAUGCCGAUACGCCCUCAAGCGGGUGGACCCCUUCUAGCAUUGGCGAUAUCAGCCAGUUGUGUUUCCGCCUUAACAUCGACAGUUCCUCUGUCUGAAGACUCUCGUUCGUCUCCAGUCAGGCCAUUGAAACGCUUACAUUUUGGAGGUCAGAUUCAAAGAACUGCAUGACCGGAGUCGCGUUUCCUUUGCAGAACAUGUAAGUAAUCUGGCAGCAAGAUUAGGACCACUGUAGUACGAAAUGCAUCUUGAACAUACAGAACCAACCACAUAGCAGAUUACAAAGUGAUAUAAUCCAUAACAAAGAAGUCAUGCUAUCCAGAUUUAACAAGACCAGGUCAAAACCUAGUAUAUGGCUGGACCACUCCGGCCGACCAAUGGUGUAACUUCAUAACUCGGCCGACCAGUGGUGUAACUUCAUCACUCAGUCAGUCACAGACAUUGGCGUUUGUAGGGCUGGCCCCACUGUUGCAGUCCAGCCAAAAAUGUAUUUUCCUCAUCAGGCUCAUAAUAAUUUCUGAAGAUAUGUUGGUCAGAGAAAAGCUUGUAAUUUAGCUGAUUGGUUGAUUGAUUGAUCAGCAUGUCAAUUAAUUGACCUAGAAGUGUGCUUCAUCCUCCUAUUGGUCAGGUAUGGAUGGUCACUUCUCUAACGCACACCGACUAGUUACUGCCAACGACGUCACUACAGAUGAUUAUAAGGUAUUUCAAAGCACUUAUAGAAGACUGACAUCUCUUAAUCAUUAUUGUACCUUGAAGAAGUUAUGGAAGAUCCCAGUGUUACAAUUGGACAAAUCACUAGCCUCAGCUUGGAAAAACAUGGGCCACAGUUUCACAGUAUUGGUUGGUUUUGUAUGUCACAAGCAGUGAGGCUAAAGCUGUCAGUGGGCUAGUGCUCCAGGUCAGGUAGAUGAUAGUGGACUUACAGGAUAACUAAGCAAUAGCUGAUAUGCAUGGGGUCCACAUUGGACAUUAGGCAUUAUUAAAAAAAACACAUCUCAUUAAAUGUGAAAAAAGAAACAAGUUCAGAUUGUUCAGAGAUUGCGUUAAUGUGUUUAUUUCUUCUUCAGAACAUUGAAAUUGUAAAUAUCAUACAAAUAUAUAUAGACAUAUUUUUCCAUCAAAACAGUGCUGUUAAGCCACAAGGCACUAGAUAACAAGGUAUCACCUGAAAAGGUUCUCAUACAUGAAUUGUUGUCUCAUUGUCCUCAAAAUAUUGCACUUUCAUUUCCUGUCAGUUAAGCUCAAAAAUACCUCAGUAACCAUGUAAUGGACAAGGUUGGAGGAAAACAUUGGAUUUAAAAUGUAAAUGUUUGAAAUAAUGUAGUAUUCAGAAUGUAAAGGAAGAAAAGGACAACACACAGCUUUAAUGUCUUCUUUUGAAACUGUGUUUCACGAAAAUAAUUGCAGUCUGAAGAAAGGGGGGUUAGUACCUAGGCAGUGGAGCCUAAAGGAUAGAAUGUCUACACUGUAGUGUAUACUUGACAAUGUGUAUAGGCUCGGCUAUGGUCAUUUCACCAGGAAAGCUGAAAAAGCUGAAGACUUAAACACUUGAUGAAUGUCAUUUCAUUACUGUAACUUUGCUACUAGAAAAUAAUGCAAUUGUCUCGUCAUACAGUUUAUUCCCAAAUCUCCAGAAUCCCUUGUUCAGACAUGUUGAAUCACCAGCUCGCGGUGCAAAUCACACCAGUUUGUCAGUUGGCAUUUUCGCAGAGGCCAACAGCACCUCAGUGUUUGACUAUGGUGUCUGCCAGGUAGGAAAUGUGUACAUGAGACAAAGUCAGUAGCAACUGUAUUAUUGUAGCACUGCUAAUAGAUUGUACAUUUGGUUGCAUUUGGAGUCAUUAUCAUAACUUGCAGCAGGUCUAGAAUAAAGAAAAAAGAAAAAGAAAUCUGCAGCAAAGGAUUUUUUAACUCAUAAUCCCUGCUUUAUUGGUGACUAAGCUUGUUUCCAUGGGAACUUGGCUGUAAUCUAACGUUCUACUAUCUGUUCUAUAUUUUCAUUGGGUCUUGUCCGUUCAAGAACAAUCUUUUCUUACAUGUUCAUAUAUUGUUUACCUUUACCAUUGAAUCCCCUGGAAAAAUAAUAAAAUAUAUUUAUUUUAAAAUAAA